AUGAUGUACAAAAAACCUCGUAAACCUGGACAUAUUCAGUCCCUCAUCAAAAGGUGCAAACACUUCAUCAGUCGGAGCUUCUUGAAUAUUCGAAGAGGGACGGCGACAACUUCUCUGUUUGUCAGUCGACGAAGGGCAAAGCAAAAAUACCGUCCUCGCUAUGUACCUAGUAUCUAUUCGGUUUCUUCAUUGUCUCCUGUAAAUUCUAGCGUUGCGUUUGGUCGAACUCGCAACAGCCGGGGAGUUCAAAUUUCUUCUUCUUACGUCUCUGCCCCAGAUUCAGAUUCUAUUUUCUCACCACGAGGAGGAUAUAGCUUGGUGGAUCUAAACGAUUUGGAUAUUCCUGUAGUUGAAGCAACAACAACCAAACAAAAACAUUCAAAAUCCAAUUACUUCAAUGGAAGAUUUUGUACAUCUUCGGCAGUGUAUGGGGUUGAGGUGCCGAAUACAAAUUCUUCAUCUCGAAGUUCUACUCUGAGUAGCUACAGUGGUUAUUUUGAGAAAAAUGGUGAGGAUUUUUGA